AUGCUGUCAUUGAGAAACGUGAGAGCUGCAACUACCAGAAGACUGUUCAGCAGCACUAGUCGUAGCCUACGUGCUGUUGGCACUUCACAGCAUGUAGAUGGGUCAGACGCUGGAGCGUCUUUCGGCGGAAAAUACCAGGUUGUGGACCAUGAAUACGACUGUGUGGUGGUCGGAGCCGGUGGUGCCGGUUUGAGAGCCGCUUUCGGACUGGCAGAAGCCGGAUACAAGACUGCGUGUAUCUCGAAGCUUUUCCCCACCAGAUCGCACACGGUUGCCGCACAGGGUGGUAUCAACGCCGCUCUGGGAAACAUGCACAAGGACGACUGGAAAUGGCACAUGUACGACACCGUCAAGGGUUCCGAUUGGCUGGGAGACCAGGACUCGAUCCACUACAUGACCCGUGAAGCGUCGGACUCGAUCAUCGAGCUGGAACAUUUCGGUGUGCCAUUCUCAAGAACCGACGAAGGCCGCAUUUACCAACGUGCAUUUGGUGGACAAACCAAGGAAAACGGUAAAGGCGGUCAGGCCUACAGAACAUGUGCUGUGGCCGAUCGUACCGGCCAUGCCCUACUUCACACCCUGUACGGCCAGGCUUUGAAGCACAACACGCAUUUCUUCAUUGAAUAUUUCGCCAUGGACUUGCUUGUCCACAACGGCGAAGUUGUCGGUGUCAUCGCCUACAACCAAGAAGACGGUACCAUUCACAGGUUCAGAGCCCACAAGACCGUUAUUGCAACCGGUGGCUACGGUCGUACCUACUUCUCCUGCACCUCCGCGCACACCUGUACCGGUGACGGUAACGCCAUGGUGUCCAGAGCUGGUUUCCCAUUGCAGGAUCUAGAAUUCAUUCAAUUUCACCCUUCUGGUAUCUACGGUUCCGGCUGCUUGAUCACCGAAGGUGCUCGUGGUGAAGGUGGAUUUUUGGUGAACUCCGAAGGUGAGAGAUUCAUGGAACGUUAUGCCCCAACGGCCAAGGACUUGGCCUGUAGAGAUGUUGUCUCCCGUUCCAUUACCAUGGAAAUCCGUGAAGGUAGAGGUGUUGGUCCCGAGAAGGACCACAUGUUCUUGCAAUUGAACCAUCUCCCACCUAGCGUGUUGAAGGAAAGAUUGCCAGGUAUCUCUGAGACCGCUGCCAUUUUCGCCGGUGUCGAUGUUACAAAGGAACCAAUCCCAAUUCUGCCCACUGUUCACUACAACAUGGGUGGUAUUCCUACCAAAUGGUCUGGUGAGGCUUUAACUGUUGAUGAAGAAGGUAACGAUAAGGUUAUUCCUGGUUUGAUGGCUUGUGGUGAAGCUGCCUGUGUUUCCGUCCACGGUGCAAACAGAUUGGGAGCCAACUCUCUAUUAGACUUGGUCGUUUUCGGUCGUGCCGUCGCCCACUCGGUUGCCGAUUCUUUGCAACCUGGUCUACCUCACAAGCCUGUUCCUGCUGAUCUCGGAAAGGAGUCCAUUGCUAACUUGGACCACGUCAGAAACGCAUCUGGCUCCAAACCAACCUCCGAAAUCAGAUUGGCCAUGCAAAAGGCUAUGCAGGCCGAUGUUUCCGUUUUCAGAACCCAAGAAUCUCUUGACGACGGUGUCAAAAACAUCACUGCCAUCGACAAAUCGUUUGCCGAUGUCGGCACAAGCGAUAGAUCUAUGAUUUGGAACUCCGACAUGGUGGAAACUCUAGAGCUACAGAACUUGUUGACCAAUGCCAUUCAAACCGCCGUUUCCGCUUCCAACAGAAAGGAAUCGCGUGGUGCUCACUCCAGAGAGGAUUACCCAGAAAGAGACGACGAAAACUGGAUGAAACACACCUUGUCGUGGCAAAAGGAUCCUCAAGGCGGCGUUGAAUUGGGUUACAGAAACGUCAUCAGCACAACUUUGGACGAAAAUGAAUGUCCGUCUGUUCCACCAACUGUGAGAGCAUACUAA